AUGUGCGUUUAGUGUUGUUGUUGUUUUAAUAUGGCGAGUCCCGUCCAACGUGAGUAUUAAAAUCUGGUUGAAUCCGUGAGAGACUGACAAAAUGUCUGAGAUUCAGAUUGAAUCCAGUGAUGAUGAACUCCCAGAGGAAGUCGCUUUUGAUGCUUCCAAAAGUGCUGCUCUGAAGAGCGUUAAAGAUGUCCUGGAAGCAGCCAAAAGAGAAAAGAACUCACUGAAGGAGAAGCGAAAAAAGAGACAACAGCUGUUUCAAGAACAGAAGAAGAGAAAACGUCUUCCUCAAGAGCUCUUGGAGGAAUUUGAUAAAGAACCCCAAAAACAGACAGGUCCAUCAGACAACAAAGGUAUCUACAAAAAGGUAUCAAAAACAAAGCCAUCAGACAACAAAGAUAAAACAAAGACGGGGACCACUGCUAAGAAAAUCUCAAAAAGUUUACCAGACAGCUACAGAGUAACGAGGAUAAAGGAUGAAUCUGCUGCAAAGUCAUUGCAACAGAAGGCCGUGGACUUCAUUCAGUCCCGUCUUUAUGGACCAGGAACCAUAAGAACAACCAAUGCGGAGCUUCUGUCCCUCAGAAAGAAACGGGGUGUGAACCAAGGUGCAGCUGUGGGGUUUCUGAAUAAAAAAUUGGGUGCUUCCCAAAAAGCCAGGAUUGCAAGGUCCAACAAACGGUUUAUACGCCAACAGAAACUGAUUCCUUUAUGAGACAAAACAGAAGAAAGAACUGCUGAAUUAUGAGCUCAACACAUGAAAAGGCGGCUUCCAUCAUCCUGCUGUUUUUGACCAUGUGGAUAUUUUUCAAAAGGACACCUUUAAUUAUUUCAUGCAUUUUUCUUUAAACCUCAUAUUAUAUCUAGUGUACAAAUUAAACUGAAACCGGAACAUUUUUAAUAGUGGCAGAAGCUGAAUGUAAAUUUAAGUGUGCAUAUUUACUCUACACGUCAAUAAAUGUAAACCUGAUCUAAA